AAAACAACAACAAAAAAAAAAACAUUUUAAAAGUCUAUUUUAGCAAGUGACGGAUCCCUACGCAUUCAUUUCAUAGAAGUGUUGCAAAAGUUGUCCCCCUUUAUUGUCAUAACGCCAUAUGUACCGGUAAGAUUUAGUAAUAAAAGACCAUUCCCAUUUAGGAAUGAUGGGUGUCCCUUGGAUAGAAUGUUUGGUCAGCGGUGCUGUAGUACUGCAUGUGAUUGUCUGUCCGUACACCAAAGUUGAGGAAUCAUUCAAUAUUCAGGCAAUACAUGAUGUUCUGCACCAUACCACUAAUAUCUCACAGUAUGAUCAUCUGCAGUUUCCUGGAGUUGUUCCGAGGACAUUUUUAGGACCUCUGGUUGUAGCCCUAUCUUCAGCGCCUGUUGUUGGUGUAAUGUCUGCAGUUAAUGUUCCUAAAAUAUUUGAACAGACUGUUGUGCGACUGUGUUUGGGUAAUGCUGUGUUGGUUGGUCUAUUGGCAUAUGCUGAUGCUGUGAAGAAGAUAUUUGGACGGAGAACAGCACAAAUUCUGUUGCUUAUAACUGCUUCACAGUUCCAUUUCUUGUUUUAUUGUUCUCGUCCAUUGCCGAACAUCUUUGCUCUUGUUCUAGUAUUAUUUGCCUUGAGAUCUUGGCUGAAACAACAACACAAGUCCUUCAUAUGGCUGUCAGGGGCAGCAAUUCUGAUUUUUCGUUCAGAGUUAUCCCUCUUUCUUGGAAUUUUGCUCUUAAUGGACAUUGUAAGGCAGCGAGUUUCUAUAGUAUCUCUCAUCACGACUGCAGUACCAGCAGCUGUUGUGUUACUAGUUACAACAGUUGUGGUAGAUUCUUACUUCUGGCAGCGUUACUUGUGGCCGGAAGGUGAAGUACUGUGGUAUAAUACAAUCCUCAACAAGAGCUCAAACUGGGGUACAUUGCCAUUCUUUUGGUAUUUUUACUCAGCUCUGCCUCGAGCUUUGUCUUUCAGCAUAUUUCUUGUGCCUCUAGGUCUGUACCUGUCCCCGAGGCUCGUGCAGCUGGUGCUUCCGGCCCUGAUAUUUGUGCUCCUGUAUUCAUUCUUACCACACAAGGAGUUGCGUUUCAUCAUCUACGUGAUACCUGUGUGUAAUACUGCAGUUGCUGAAACACUACACAAACUGUGGAUAAACAGAAAUAAAUCGUUAUUUAAGAAGUUGAUGGCAUUUGGUGCUGUGCUGCACAUAUGUGGAAACAUUUGCACGUCGGGAGUAUUCCUGUAUACAUCGUAUCUGAACUAUCCAGGUGGACAGGCAUUACAUAGAUUACAUCAGAUUGAAUCACCUAACUUAGAUGUUCAUGUACAUAUAGAUGUAGCUGCGGCUCAGACUGGGAUAACCAGAUUUGGUCAGAUGUAUCCAAACUGGAUUUAUAAUAAAACAGAGGACCUGGUACCAGGAGGGGAAGAGAUGAUGUCAUACUCCCAUAUUAUACUAGGAGACCCAGAGAAUCUAGAAUUUUAUAAAACUACACAUACUGUAUUAGACACUGUUGAUGGGUUUGAUGGUUUACACAUUGACAGAAACAAGCCACCAUUCCUGUUCUGGAAACAAAAACCAAAAAUGUGGAUACUGAAGAAAGUUUGAUGUGUGAAAUCUUUUGUUGAAAUAAAUAUUCCAAAUAUAUA